GAGGUAAUAUUGCGUUAGGAAAUUUUUGAAUUAUUGCAGUCUGGCAACCUUGAAGGGACGCCAUUUCAAAACAAAUGCGCGGCAGCAAACUAUUUUCGCUGAUAAUUUGGUUACAAGAGGAAAAAACACGAAAUAUUCAGAUAUAAUGGGAGCAAAAGCAUCAAAAAUUGAGGGCGAAUACUUGCCAGAUACGCCAACAUUGAAUAAACUUCGAUUAGGCAGUUGUAAAGCCGAAAAUAUGGAAAUGACCACACCAAAUAAAGACAACAACGCAUUGCUCGACCCACGCUCGCCCAAUGGCUGCCGGACGCCCUUAACUUUUUUACAGCCAGAACCACAGGCACAAACGCUCCGUGCAGCGGCUCAGUGCCCACCUGCGGCACCGACCGAAAAUGCAUUUUCGCAGCUGCGCAAGCGUCUGCUGAAGGGAUUCUCUUUGAACGAUCCCCGUUCUCCACAGUUAAAUCGCACACCGCUCAUAUUAGAUGAAGUGCGCUCCCUGAACCUGGAUGACACGUUUGCAGAUCUCUUUGUGGACACACGCGCUCCAGCCCGACCAGCAGCCAACAUCAUCAUCGAUUCGCCGCUAUAUCAUAGUCUAUCAUCCCCGUCGGCAGGUGAAACAGGCGAUGUAAGUUGCGACAGCUUUGGCACGCCACCUCAGACACAUGAGCAGCACAACAACAGCUCGCUGGAAAUUGUUUCCCUUCCAUAUGAUGGAGAAGAGACCAUGCCCUGCACGGUGGAGCUGCCAGGGACGCCGCUAAAGCCAGCGCAGGGGCACUAUGAUCCCCGUUCCCCGAGCAUUGGGGUCGAGCGGACGCCGAUCAUGUUCUGCGACGACGAAGAGGAAGAGGCUCGCGAGACGGAGAUGCUGGAACAGAUCUUGGAAACGCUCACGCUCAAUCUCAGUGCGGGGAGCAGCAUGGCCUCCUUUGCCAGCGCCGGCACCGGCACGAAUAUGGAGGAGCCUCAAAUGUCAGGCAACUCUGAAAAGCAGCCCGCAAACAAGCACUUGGACCGAGUGCGUCUGGGCAACAAGCGACGUGUGGCUCCACGUAAGCCGGCGCGCGCCAGCAAGACCAAGAUCUUCAUGGACAAGGAGUCGUCACCCUCCGGUGCCAGUACACCGAAGACCACGUCCCAAGGCACACCGAAGCGUACACCACUCAGCUGUGUCAGGAAUCGGCAGCACCUGCGCUCUCGCUCCGUGGAAAGGGAGCUGCGCAAAUCGCAUUUGCCGCUGCAUAGCUUUGAUGAUCAGUUGAAUCAUUCGGAGCGUCUCAAUGGGUCCGGCCUGCGCAGGCCAUUGUCGAGCACCGAUGGCCAGAUGGGCGCCAUGUACUAAUCCUAUUUAGUAGUUUCCACCUGCCUUAUGCCCAGCCAUGAGCUACCAAAUCAUUAUAUCUAAUCCAUAUGUAACCAUAUUCAUUUCAUUUUCAAAUACAUCAUUUUAUUUCCGUGCUUUUA